UGGGAGAAGAAGGGGAGAGAAAAUCGGUCCAAGAUGGCCGUGAACGAGACUCUUCUCGGCAGUACAAUGACGAAUUUCACUCUUCCCAGCCCAAAGAGACAUCGUAAAUAUGAAGAAACGGGAACGAUUCACGAUGAGCUGCGGAACAUUCAGAGUGUCAUCCGUCUCACCAAGGAGAAUAUUGAUGCCCUAAAUGCCCAAUUUGCUGGAUUUCAGCAUCCACCUUUGAUGUACAUAGCUGAAUAUAAUGAACUGACAAGCAAGUUGCACGAAUUCAAAGCCCGGGAGCAAGAACUCAUCGAGCGGGUAAGCGCAGUUACAGCGUCUAAUGGUCGACAGAGCCCUGGUGGUCACCGUAUAGAAGACUGUACCGAUGCCGACCAACCGCCACACCUGAAAGCUGGAUUUGUUCCGGAUAGUGGUGGAGGUGGGCAUCGGCACGGUCAACAGCAACAUCAUUCUCAUCAUCAUCAAGCGCCUGCCCAGCCUUUAGUCGCAAUCCCGCCACCCCCUCGGUCACCGCUUAAGUCAGUCGUACGCGCCUACCUGCCCAAUGAGCAAAGGACCAUUGUACAAGUCAAGCCGGGUCAAACAGUUCGCGAAGCCCUAUCUAAAGCUAUGAAACUGCGCAAGCUAGAUCCUUCUACAUGUAACGUCUAUCGUUGUACACAGCCAGAGUCGAAAGUACAAUGGGAUGCAGACAUAGCAUCGGUCGAAGGUGGUGAGAUUCGCGUGAAACUCAAAGAGAAUUUCUCUGUCACUACCAGCAUAUCUCACAAUUUUGUUCGUAAAACAUUUUUUUCCUUGGCUUACUGUGAAUCCUGCCGGCGCCUUCUUUUUCAAGGCUUCUACUGCCGGACGUGCGGGUAUCGCUUUCAUCAGCGCUGUGCUGCUGCCGUCCCACCCUUGUGCAAUCCGGCUCACGUGGCCGAAAACACACUUCUCCAGAUGUUAAUAUCGUGUCCAGAAGGUCCUGAAACCUUCUCAGGGGGCCUUGCUUACCCGACUUCAUUCCAGCCAAUACUGAUCCCACGACGCCACCCGCCACCCUUAGCACAGCGAGAACGAUCCACAUCGGCUCCCAACGUUUGUUACAACAUGGUCGGCAAUCAGAGUGGCAUGGACUCCGCUUUAGAGGACUGGACGUACCGUGUCAAAAUGCAAAACAUGGCCGCAACAGAAGCUGGCCUGAUCAGUUUAACACGAUUCGUACAAAACCGGAGCAACAACAACAAAGGCUUGAACGGCAUCCGGGAAGAGCAGCAUGAGAACCAGCCACCCGAGCCGCAACAGCAGCAUCAACAGCCGCAUGUCGCAGGGAGGCAUGCCUGGGCUCUCCCGUUCACCAAUCUGGCUAUAGGACUUACGUUGCCCACCUCCAAUGGCAGCUACUUUCACCGAGUAACCAACUUCAUGGGAGGUGGCGGUGGCAACGGAGGAGUCCCACCCACUCUGAGUGGUCUGGGCGGGGCUUCCAGCCCAGGAAGCAGCCCGACAAAACCCUCGCAUAGUCACAGUGCUCAGGCUAGCCCUACAAACACGCUGAGGCCAUGGAGGCCACGAGCGAGAAGCGCAGACGAAAGUAGCAAAAAGGUGCGAGCGUCACGAGAAUCGAUCGAAGACUGGGAGAUCCCAGCAGACGAGAUUCUUAUCGGUCCACGUAUCGGAUCCGGCUCUUUCGGAACAGUAUAUCGCGGUCAUUGGCAUGGACCAGUCGCUGUUAAAACCCUUAAUGUCAAAGAUCCCACGCCAGCUCAGUUACAGGCAUUCAAAAAUGAAGUGGCUGUUUUAAGAAAAACUAGACAUGUCAAUAUUUUACUCUUCAUGGGAUGCGUGAGCAAGCCACAAUUGGCCAUCGUGACUCAAUGGUGUGAAGGCUCAUCGCUCUACAAACAUCUCCACGUACUUGAGACCAAGUUCGAGCUGUUAACGCUCAUCGAGACGGCGCGUCAAACAGCUCAGGGCAUGGAUUAUCUUCACGCCAAAAAUAUUAUUCAUCGUGAUCUUAAGAGCAACAACAUUUUCUUGCACGACGACCUGACUGUCAAAAUUGGUGAUUUCGGACUUGCAACGGUCAAAACGCGCUGGUCGGGAUCUCAUCAGUUUCAGCAACCUUCCGGAUCAAUACUUUGGAUGGCACCUGAAGUGAUACGGAUGAAGGACGAAAAUCCGUAUAGUUUCCAAUCAGACGUGUACGCAUUCGGCGUUGUACUCUACGAGCUUUUCAGUGGCCAGCUACCUUAUUCGCACAUAAGCAACAAAGAUCAGAUACUGUUUAUGGUGGGUCGAGGAUUCCUCCGUCCUGACUUGGGUCAUGUCCGAUCAGAUACUCCGAAAGCAUUACGCCGACUGCUGGAAUCAUCGAUCAAGUUUACGCGAGAAGAACGGCCUCUCUUUCGCCAGAUACUCGUCUCUCUCGAGAGCCUUUCGCGCUCCCUACCUAAAAUCCAUCGCUCUGCAUCCGAACCCACGCUGAGCGGCAGUCAUUUCCAAUCGGAAGAUAUUUACUUUGCCUACGCCCUGCCCAAGACUCCUAUGAACGCCCAAUUUGGCGCUUUCCCCCUCUUCAACACGGGAGGUGUCAUUUAAACAUUGAAGAGAGGAAACGAAAAAGAAAAAAAAGGGGGGAGGGAUUGGAAUUUUAACAAAAAAAAAAAGCCGUUGUGGCGCCACCCCUGCCCUCUCGCGAUAAUUUUUCUAAACGCAAGUUCAAAAUAUUGUUUCAAUUCUUAAGCUUUAAAUGAUUAAAAAAAAAAGGCAAACAGACAGACAAAUAGCUGAUGACCCCGUUUUUUAAAAUCAUUUUUAUUUACUUCUAGAGGAGUUGGUUACGCUACCUUCCCGAACUAGCAUAGGGAUGUAUUGUACACAAUAUUAUUGGCACCAUUGGUUGUGUUGCGUAAACAACAAGUUGACUGUCCCUUCGUAAACCAGAUAUCUAUUGUACCUUCUGUCGUCCGUUCGCCCUCCCAUUUCUCAAUCGACAACAAAGUCUUGAAAUUUUCUCGCACACGUUUCAUGACUUCAUCCCCCCGCUCUUUUUUCUGUUCCUCCGCCCGGCGCUGUUCGUUAUCCUAAUUACUAUUCCCUCCACCCGAUAUGCUCUUAUUCUCUUCAAAUUUUUUGGGUUUUGUGCAUGCGAAUGUGCUAUGUUUUCGUUCUCUCCCUCCCCCCUUUCUUCACCUUACAUGUAAACAUUUCAAAUCUAGAUGACCACGUGUGGUCUCCCCCUCGAUACGGGGGGUGGGAAAAAACCGAAAAACAAAAGAAGAAAAAAAUACCACAAAACAAAAUUGUAUCCCUCCAUAUUGACAUUACGUAUAGGUGAAGAAAAAAAAAAGUGGUGAUGCAAGAAAAAAGAAAAGGUACCAACGGAGAAACAAAAGUAAAACAAACAUUGAAAUAACUGUCCUAGCUGUGGUUUUCCUGUCCACUUGUGUCAUGCUUUCAUCUCCUCUGCUGUAUAUAUAUCCCGACCGUUGCGAUAAAAACCAUUCAAAUAAACAUGAAAUGCCUGAAAUCGAA